CUUCUGGCUAGGGUUUUCAUUUCGGACAUGACGAAGGCUCGCUUGGAAGGCUUGUUGGAUGCAUUCCCGAAGCUGAUCGCAUCUGAUAAGUGUAAGAUAAUUUCAAGAUCAGACGAAGUGAACACAUCCCUUUCUGUUAUCCGUCCCCGUUUCACUUCCUGGAUACCAGAAUAUUGCCGUUCAAACGACGAAAAAGAAAUUCAAGCGAAUUUGUUCGAGCUAAUAUUUGCAUUUGAUGAAAUUGUUGCACUCGGAUAUCGCGAAAAUGUCAACCUCGCGCAGAUUCGUACAUUCACUGAGAUGGAUUCACAUGAGGAAAGAGUGUUCAAUCAAAUCAAAAUUGCGCAAGAACGAGCUGCCAAUGAGCUAAUGACUCAAAAAGCGAUGGAGUUGAAGAAGCUGAAGGCCGAACAACGAAAAACUGGCCGAGGUUUGGGUAGCAGUGCAACUGCAAUCAGCUCAUCAUCGGUACCACUGGCCGCAGUGAUCGAUGAAACUCCGGCACGUCCAGCACCAAAACCAGCAGUACCAAGUGCUCCACGUGGCGGUGGCAAAGCAUUGAAGCUUGGCUCGAAAGCAACAGAUGAUGAUCAGUUUUUGAAGCAGCUGAAAAGUGAAGGACAGGUGGUUGAUGCACCAGCACGCGCUACCGGAACAUCUGGCGUUAGCGGCCCAAGCUCCGUUCAGCUGGACGCAUCGGCCGUAUCACGUCUGCCUGUUCAUAUCAAAAUUGAGGAAAAACUCUCAGCAGUGGUUUCGCGUGAUGGAGGACUUGAAAAUGGAGAGGUCCAGGGCAGUGUUGCACUAUCACUUAGUGAUCCACAGUUUGCCACAAUUUCUGUUCGAAUCGCCAAUAAUGACAAGCGUGGAGCACAGUUGCAGGUGCACCCAAAUUUGGACAAAAAAGAGUGGCAGGAAAAUUCGUUGCUGAAACUGAAAUCGGUGCAGAAACCAUUCCCGGUGAACAUGGAUGUGGUGAACUGUUGGCCGAAUGAAAAUCCGGAUGGAUGUGUUGUAAAUAUCGAGUACACUCUUCAAGCUGAACAAAUGACUCUUAAUAACGUUGUUAUCGUUAUCCCUCUGCCGCCAGCGACAGUGCCGGUAAUCUCGGAAUGUGAAGGAAGUUACGAAUAUGUGAAAUCGCGAUCACAGCUUGUUUGGAGCUUACCGGUUAUUGAUGAAACAAACAAAACUGGUUCACUGGAAUUCAGUACUCCAAAUGGACAAUCCGAUCACUUUUUCCCCGUCACUGUGCGCUUCACGAGCAGCGACCUGUUUUGUGAUAUGGCUGUAAGUCAUCUCGUUACUUUUCUUAUAUCACAUCUUUGCCUUACCCUGCGAAUUCUAUGA